GCAUUGGACGUCUUUGAACGCGCCUCAACGCCAGCCAGGUAUUGCGGCAUUGUUCCUUCUGGCGCCCUCUGUACACGCCCAUACUAUGACGAGCAGCGUCGCGGGUAUUUCCUAUCGUCCCAAUGCAGUGCUACACUGAAUUAGCCCCGCCCACGGCUGUGAGCCAUGCCAUCAGCCUCCCCUUCAUUUCGUCUCGGGCGCACAAUCUCGUCGUCGCAAAGAACGCACUGCUCCAGAUCUUUGAGCUCAAGUCUACCACCACCGAGGUGACGCCUGACGGAGACAACGAGGCGGACAAUGCGGCGGCAAACUUGGACACAGAGUCCGCCGACGUGCAAUUCCAGCGCACUGAGAACACGGCCAAGCUGGUGCUAGUGGGCGAGUUCCCUCUGGCUGGCACAGUUAUAUCGCUCGCUCGUGUAAAGGCACUCAACACAAAGUCGAGGGGCGAGGCGCUGCUUGUGGCAUUUCGGGACGCAAAGCUGAGCUUGGUCGAAUGGGAUCCCGAGACGUACAAUCUCCAUACAAUAUCAAUACACUACUAUGAGAACCCAGACUUGCCCGGCAUUGCCCCCUGGUCCGCUGAUCUCAAAGACACAUACAACUUCUUGACGGCAGAUCCCAGCAGUAGAUGCGCCGCCCUCAAGUUUGGCACCCACAAUCUCGCCAUUCUGCCCUUCAGACAGCGUGAUCUGGUUGAGGACGAGUAUGAUUCCGACCUCGAGGGCGCAAAAGAGGGCAAACCCGGACAAGCAAAUGGGACGAAUGGCGAAGAUGUGCAUAAGACGCCCUACUCGUCUUCCUUCGUGCUACCCCUUACGAACCUCGACCCUACCCUGACACAUCCCGUACAUCUUGCCUUUCUACACGAAUAUCGCGAACCAACAUUUGGCAUCGUCGCUGCAUCGCAAGCAACCGCCCCGUCACUCCUCGCCCACCGAAAAGACAUCCUUACAUACUCCGUCUUCACCCUCGACCUCGAACAAAAGGCCUCCACAACACUGCUGUCAGUAUCAGGACUGCCCUACGACAUUUCACGAGUAGUGCCAUUACCACACCCGAUCGGGGGAGCACUACUUAUCGGCGGUAAUGAGAUCAUACAUGUCGACCAGGGAGGCAAGACAAACGGCGUGGCUGUCAACGAGUUUGCGAGGGCUUGCACAUCGUUCCCACUCAGCGACCAGUCAGAUCUGGCUUUGCACCUUGAGGGAUGCAACAUCGAGCUCCUAUCUCAAGAUACAGGAGAUGCCCUGAUUGUGCUGAAUGACGGAAGAGUCCUCAUUUUGACUUUCACACUAGACGGUCGUACCGUGUCGGGCAUGACAGUACAAACAGUCGCCGAAGACCAUGGUGGCCAAGCCCUCAAAGCACGCGCAUCGUGCACUAGCAAUCUGGGCCGUGGGAGAUUGUUCAUUGGUAGCGAAGACGGGGAGUCUGUAAUACUAGGUUGGACCAGUUCUUCCACUCAGCUACGACGGAAGCAGUCCAACGUUGACCUGGAUGGGGACGACGAUGUCUCGGAUGAGGACGAGGAGGAAGUUGAUGACUUGGAUGACGACCUCUAUAACGAUACAGCACCCACUGUCAAGAAGAUCACAGCCGCCGCGUCAGAGCCCACCGCUCCUGGCACGUAUACCUUUAGGAUACACGAUAUAUUACCAAGUAUAGCACCAAUACGGGAUGCUAUCUUACAUCCGGGCAAGGAUACUGCAUCCUUGAAUAAGGGCGAGAUUAUGCUUUCAACUGGUCGGGCAGCAGCCGGAGCCAUUACUUCUCUGAACCGCGAAUUGCAUCCUGUCGGCCUAGCACAGUCUGAACUCGAAUCUGCACGAGGCAUAUGGGCUGUCCAUGCCAGAAAACAGGCUCCGGGGGGUGUCACUACCGCGUUUGGUGAAGAUACCGAAGCAAAUAUGGCAUCCGAUGUCGACUAUGACCAAUAUCUUGUAGUCAGUAAAGCGGGCGAGGAUGGUACCGAAAGUACGGUCGUCUACGAAGUCACGGGGAAUGAGCUUUCAGAAACAGACAAGGGAGACUUUGAACGGGAAGAAGGCUCAACGCUCUUUGUAGGCGUACUAGCUGCAGGGACCAAAGUUGUGCAAGUCAUGCAGACUGAAGUCCGGACAUAUGAUUCAGAACUGAAUAUGGAUCAAAUUCUCCCAAUGGAGGACGAAGAAAAUGGCAAUGAGCUGCGCGUCAUCAACGCUAGUUUCGCAGACCCAUACCUCUUAAUUCUGCGAGAAGACUCGAGUGUUAAGAUUCUUAAAGCCACCGGUGAUGGAGAGCUCGAAGAUGUAGAGGCUAGUGGCUUCUCUUCGACUCAAUGGCUGUCCGCAAGCCUAUUCAAGUCAGCUACCUUCACGGAGGUUUUCGCGUUCCUUUUGACCCCAGAAGGAGGCCUCCACGUCUUUGCGAUGUCAGAACUAGAAAAGCCUUGCUACGUUGCUGAAGCUUUAGGUUUCCUCCCGCCUUUACUCACAGUGGACUAUGUGCCCAGACGGAGCGCAGCGAAAGCGACUAUUACGGAAAUUCUAGCCGCUGAUCUCGGCGAUGCGACAUCUAAAGCUCCACAUCUCAUCAUCCGUACUUCCACCGAUGAUCUCGUUAUCUACAAAGCGUUCCAUUGCCCAUCUCGAGCAUCGUCCGACUUAUGGACGAAAAACUUACGAUGGGUGAAACUCUCCCAGCAGCAUGUUCCAAGAUAUGCAGAUGAGGCGGGUUCCGAAGACAGCGGCUUCGAAAGCACAUUGCUAGCACUGGACAACGUCUGCGGCUACAGCACCGUUUUCCAAAGAGGAACAUCGCCAGCUUUCAUCCUCAAGGAAUCAUCAAGUGCACCGCGUGUAAUAGGACUCAGUGGUAGACAUGUCAAAGGCCUCACCUCUUUCCAUACUUCCUCCUGCCAACGCGGAUUCGCGUAUCUCGAUUCUAACGAUACUCUCCGCAUAUCUCAGCUUCCCGCCCAGACACAUUACGGCCACCUAGGCUGGGCGGCACGGAGAAUGCCAAUGGACUCGGAGGUCCAUGCCCUUGCUUACCACUCGGCAGGGCUAUACAUCAUUGGUACGGGUCAGCUCGAGGAGUAUACCCUCAAUCCGGAGGAAACCUACCACUAUGAGUUACCUAAGGAAGAUCUCACUUUCAAGCCACAUAUUGAGCGUGGUAUCAUAAAGCUGAUGGAUGAGAAAUCAUGGACAAUCAUCGACACACAUUCCCUCGACCCUCAAGAGGUGGUGCUCUGCAUCAAGACGCUAAACUUGGAGGUUUCAGAGACGACACACGAACGCAAAGAUCUCAUCGCAAUUGGAACUUCCAUAGUGCACGGUGAAGAUCUUGCAACAAAGGGUCGCAUCCGCAUCUUCGAGGUCAUCACUGUGGUACCAGAGCCUGAUCGUCCAGAGACAAACAAGCGCCUAAAGCUCGUUGUUAAAGACGAAGUCAAAGGCGCAGUAUCCGCCAUCUCGGAACUCGGGACACAAGGCUUCUUGAUCAUGGCCCAAGGGCAAAAAUGCAUGGUGCGAGGCCUCAAGGAGGAUGGCACUCUGCUCCCUGUUGCCUUUAUGGAUAUGCAAUGCUAUGUUACGACGCUCAAGUCACUGCCUAACACGGGGAUGUUGUUGAUGGGCGAUGGGUUCAAGGGAGUAUGGUUUACUGGGUAUACGGAAGAGCCCUAUAAGAUGGCGCUCUUUGGUCGCAGCAAGCACCACCUCGAAUGUAUGGCUGUCGACUUUAUGCCGUUCGAGCAGCAGCUACACAUCAUUGUUGCUGAUGCAGAUAUGAAUCUGCAAGUCUUGCAGUUCGACCCUGACAAUCCAAAAUCCCAAGCUGGGUCCCGCCUCCUCCACAAGUCCACCUUCCACACAGGCCACUUCCCGGCGUCAAUGCACCUCCUACAAUCCUCUCUCAAUAUGCCAUCAGCUUCAGAAUUCGGCGCUGCGACUGACGCCUUCGCCAUGGACACGACCGAAGACGGCCCACCCCAACCUCUCCACCAAGUCCUAUGCACCUCUCAGUCCGGUACCUUAGCUCUUAUCACACCGCUAUCCGAAUCAAGUUAUAGACGCCUAAGCAAUUUAUCAGCAUAUCUAGCGAACACAUUGGACAGCGCGUGUGGCUUGAAUCCAAAGGCCUUCCGAUCCGGCGACAUCGUGGAAGGCGGGUGGGACGCUGGUAUCAGUGCUCGGGGUAUGCUAGAUGGCAACUUACUCAUGAGAUGGGGCGAACUCGGCGAGCAGAGGCGGAGGGAGGGACUCGGGAAGUAUGGUGGUGAUGAGUGGUUGUUCUGGGGCGAGAGAGAAGUGCUGGCAGGUUGGGGUCUGUUUGGGAAGAGGGGGCAGUAGCAGGAUAUGUGUCAUGGUCAAGGAAGCUUGGUCUAGUCGGAGGUUGUGGAAUACAGGCCGUCUUGGACGAAGUCAUGCAUCGCCUUACCCUUUGUUCUCCACGAGACUGUGAAUUCCUGUGCGCGCGUUUCUAAGAUAAGCUGCAUAUGUUAUCUGCUUUGAUAGAAUGUCACUGCAGGCCGUAGUGGUGAAUGGUAAGUGAUCCCCUAAGUUACCAAG